UUAGCCUCAUCCAAGGUACAUUAAUUCUAUAUCUUAGGGAUUUCUUUGGCUUCUCCGUGUUUAGCAGCGGCGUUUGAAAGCUUUGCAGCACAGACAUGAGACCGGAUCGAGUGUGUGUGCUGGAGCGGAGUCGCUGUGGAGGAGUGAAGUGCUGAAGAUGACGCUGUCGCUCCUGAAAUGACCGGCUAGCUAGGCUAACGGCUAGCAUGUCCGCCUUGACUGUAGUCUGACGCUAGCUGACAUUAAAGGCUAGUUGCAGUUCUUCAGUUUGGCACUCGCACUGCAGCGGACCGUCGUUCAAGGGUACUGGUGUAAACUCCCAUGCGGAAGUUGAGGAGGUGGGAAUGUGAGACAGCUGUUUACAGAGUCAACAUGGGUAGGGGUCGAGGACGAGGGAGAGGAAGGGGUAGGGGAUCGUCUGGCCAGUUGCGGCCUCCCUCUCCCUACAGACUGCAACUCUCACCGUCCAGGGAGACUUUGACAUAUGCUCAGGCUCAGAAAAUAGUGGAAGUGGACCUAGAUGGACGGCUCCAUCGGAUUAACAUCACCGAUCCUCUGCCCAUCAUAACCGAGGAUGAGAUGACGGCCCAGGACAUUACUGAAUGUAACAGUAAUAAGGAAAACAGUGAGCAGACGCAGAAUAAGACCAGGUCGUGGAGGAAGCCCUCAAACAGUAAAAGCAGGAAGAGUGGGAAAAAUACGACUCAUCAGAACCAACGAUCGGGCUCACACCAGCACACAGGAGAGGCCAAUUCCUUUCAGCACUCAUCCAACCAAAGCGCUCUUCCUGAGCCCACCUUUCGAACGCUGAGUACAGUUUGUCCCACAGAAGCACUUCCUCUCCCUAAGGCAUAUUACCGUUUCAUUGAAAAGUCGGGAGAGGAACAGGACAGUGUGGCAGAGUAUGACAUGGAUGAGGAGGACCUGGCCUGGCUGGAGAUGGUGAACCAGAAGAGGGUGUGUGACGGUCACGCCUCUGUAUCUGCGGACACGUUUGAGCUGCUGAUUGAUCGCCUGGAGAGGGAAUCCAUCCUGGAGUCCCGCAGCCAGGCUCUGUCCCAGAAUACCGUCGACGAGGACGCCUUCUGUUGCGUGUGCUUGGACGACGAGUGUCUCAACAGUAAUGUCAUCCUGUUCUGUGACAUCUGCAACUUGGCCGUCCACCAGGAGUGUUACGGCGUGCCCUACGUCCCCGAGGGCCAGUGGCUGUGCCGCUGCUGCCUGCAGUCCCCCUCCCGCCCUGUAGACUGUGUGCUCUGUCCCAACCAAGGAGGUGCCUUCAAACAGACAAGUGAUGGACGUUGGGCCCAUGUUGUCUGUGCCAUAUGGAUCCCAGAGGUGUGCUUUGCCAACACAGUGUUUUUGGAACCUGUUGAGGGGGUCAAGAACAUCCCCACUGCUCGCUGGAAGCUCACCUGUUACCUGUGUAAGCAAAAGGGAAGAGGAGCAUCUAUUCAGUGCCACAAAGCCAACUGUUACAGGGCCUUUCAUGUCACCUGUGCUCAGAAGGCCGGGCUCUUUAUGAAGAUAGACCCGGUCCGGGAGACAGGGGUCAAUGGUACCACCUUCUCCGUGAAGAAGACUGCUUUCUGUGAGCAUCACUCCCCUGUUGGGUUUCGGCGGGACGGAUCAGGAGACGAGUCCGUGGAAGGAAGACUGGUGGGUGGCAGAGGGAACCGAGGUCAAAGGUCCUAUACUCAGAGCUCCCCCUCACCGUCAAACAAGAAGGCUACUAAAGGCCAGAAGAAGAAGAACACUAAAGGGUCUGGUGGGUCAACGCGUCGCUCAAAUGUGCCUGUGCUGCUCGUGCCUCAGAUCCCUUCUCACAGACUGAACAAGAUCUGCACAGGAGUUGAAGUCCAGAGAAAGAAUCAGUUCAUGCAGCGGCUUCACAACUACUGGUUACUAAAGCGGCAGUCACGAAACGGGAUGCCUUUAAUACGUCGACUCCAUUCCCAUCUGCAGGCACACAAGACUGCAGAGCAGCGGGAGCCGGAUGAGAAGCUAAGUGCCGCAAGAGAGGAGCUUCGAUACUGGCAGAAGCUGAGGCAAGACCUAGAAAGAGCCAGACUUCUGGUGGAGCUGAUCCGUAAGAGAGAGAGGCUAAAGAGAGAACAGAUGAAAAUUCAGCAGGCUGCUCUCGAGUUGAAGUUGACCCCAGCACUGGUGCUUCUCCGAUCUACCCUGGAACAACUGCAGGAGAAGGACACAGCCAAAAUCUUCUCUCAGCCGGUCAAUCUAUCAGAGGUCCCAGAUUACUUGGAGUUCAUUUCCCAGCCCAUGGAUUUCUCCUCCAUGCGCGCCAAACUGGAGGGGCAUGCGUACUGCUCCAUCGCAGACCUGCAGAGAGACUUUGAACUCAUGAUUUCUAACUGCCUCAAAUACAACUCCAAGGACACCAUGUUUCACAAGGCAGCUUUGCAGUUACGGGAGGUGGGUGGCGCUGUCCUCCGCCACGCCCACAGACAGUCUCAAAGCAUUGGCUUAGACCCCAACACCGGCAUGCAUCUCCCAGAUGCCCCAAACAAACAUGGCUUCUACCACUGUACGUGGGAUGACGUUGACUCUCUUCUGGACCCAGAGAACAGACUACACUUAACCACAGACGAGCAACUAAAGGCCCUGCUGGAUAAAUUGGAUGUCGUCGCGUCCAUGAGAACCAGUGGCGGACGAACCAAGCGAAUCAGGCUGCUGCGCCGGGAAAUCAACGCACUCAGACAGAAGAUGAACCAGCAGCAGCAGCAGCAGCAAAGCGCUCAGUGUGUGAGCAGUAAUGACAAAGAAGAUGAAGGAAAAGACAAUGAUGAAGAGGAAGAGGUGGAGGAGAGGAAGACCAAGAAGAAAAAGAAGAAGGAGAAGGAAAAGAAAUCAAAGAAGAUGGACAGUGUGGACAGUGGACGUUUGACUGCAGUGUCUAACUGUGGGACAGAUGACUCCCCUCCCGUGUUAGAACUUACCUGUCCGGUGUCGUCACCACUGCCAGGCGAUGCUCCUCUAGAACCUCCUGUACUGGGCAUCGUGACCGGAGGGCGGAGGUCACCCGGGCGCUCCUACAAGCGUCAGCGGUCGUCCCGCAGCGGGAGCAAAAGCCAAGGCGAAGACGAGGCCGAGGUCGGUGAAACGCCGUCCUCUCAACCAGAGGCUUUUCACGAGGUCACGCCUCUGGGGAAACCCCCGACUCUGCCUUUGGCGGGAGUCGGCCGCCGCACCUCCAUUUUGUUUAAGAAAGCGAAAAACGGGGCGCGGCUGACGAAAAACAAGUCCCCGCCACAACAGAACAGUAAAACGUCCGAGGACAAAACCAACGGGUUGGACAGCACCCCUGCUAGUCCAAAGUCACCCAGUGUGACCACCUUACCUCCCACUCCAAACCCCUCCCCUGCACCUCACUCCCCGUCCUCGCACCACCUGAGGUCCAGAGGACUCAGCUCCGAGGGCGAAGCGGACAAACACUCGCCGCCAGUCAGAGAAGCAGGCCUCACUAAUGGGAAGCACCACUCUGCAGACCAUGAUGAUGACGACGACGACCAAACACUGAAGAGUAGUGUCUCACCACCCAAACGCAGUCGGGGUAAACCCGCUCUGGCCAAAGUCCCUAACAGUGAGAAUGGAGACGUCUCUGGGUCUGGAAAGUCUACACUUCUGUCUUUAGAUAUUGAGACAGAGCUCGCACCACUGGACCUAGUUUGGGCCAAAUGCAGAGGAUAUCCUUCAUACCCAGCUAUGAUUGUUGACCCUGACAUGCCCCAGGAAGGGCUUCUUCACAACGGCAUCCCGAUCCCCGUGCCUCCCGCGGAGGUGCUCAAACUGGGCGAGUGGAGACAAACGGACGAAGGCGAAAAGCUUUUCUUAGUGCUCUUCUUUGACACUAAAAGAACUUGGCAAUGGCUCCCUCGUAGCAAACUACUGCCCUUGGGGAUGGAUGACACUGUAGACAAGCUGCGCUUAAUGGAGGGCAAGAAACCCAGCGUUCGCAAGUCUGUUCACACUGCGUACGACAGGGCCAUAUUACAUUUAAACCACGUAAGAGGAAAUGUCAACUUCACUCCCUCCAAUUUUAUAUAAAUUUUAGCUAAAAAGGAAAACGUUAUCAUUUUUAACAGGCUGCCUGGUUACAUGUAAAGAAGCUUCUUCAUCUCUACUGAUAAAAAAAAAAAAGGGUGGAAAAGUAAAUAUAAGGAUUGCCAACAUUUCCAGCAGUUGCAGGUAUUUUGAAGGUUUUCUGUACAAAAGUGAAGCUCUGGUUUUUAAAAUGGAGAGAGAGAGUGCUGAAAAAGUGCUUCAACACAAUUUUGUAGAUGAAUUUGUUCACUUAUUCACUUACUUUUUUAAAAGAAAGACGGUUUUACACAACCACUGUUGUUGCUAUGUGUUUUAUUUUAGGCCAAAGUGAGUCGAGAAGUGUAAAUAUUCGAUCAUGAAAGGGAUUGUCUUGAUUCAAAACUGUAUUUAGAUUGUAUUAGCCAUAGAAAUGUCACUGUUUAUCGAGGUCGUGAGAGUCCCCACUUAAUCAUGUCAUAUCUGGGCCGUCACUGUCCCGAGUGGUACUGGCAAUAUUAAAUUAAAAAUAUUUAUUUAAUGUUAACUCGUGUUUUUCCGAAUUGAUGCUCAAGUAAAAAAUGAAAGACAAAUGUUCAGCUGACACUUUGAAUCUGGAGAGGUUGUGAGGUAAAAAAACCCCAGUGUUUAUACAACAUUUGAAUUGAUAUUGUAUAUUAAUACCAAGCGCUGCUCUGUAGAUUAUUACAGAAAAAUACGAUUCACAUUAGUAGAAGCACUGAUAUAUAUUGUGGCCAAAACAUUCUUGAAUUUUUAAGUCCAACUAUGACAUGUUGUGGGUGGGACUUGAGAGGUUUCUACUUAUUUUUCCAUAUUGUGAAACUGUAUUAUGAUACUAGGAUGUGGAAGUACCUUUUUUUAGAUGUGAUACCACUACAGAGGUUAUUUUGUGGUUAUGAUGACAAAGUCCACUGAAAUCACCCAAAUGAAGAACUUGCAGUUGAUUGCAAAUCUGGCUGGAAUGACUUGAAAAGCACAAUUGGCCAUAAAAAAAAAAAGAUAACUUAAGGACUGGCAACUCCUGGAGCCACGUGUGGCAUAAAAAUGUGUGUGUGAGUGUGUGUGAGUGUGUGUGUGUCGACUAUAUACAAAUACUGUAUGUAUACAAAGUUACUGUAGUAAAGGUGCAUGUGUAUAGUUCUGUAAAUAUGUAAAUGUAUGUUUAUAUUGGCUUACAUGAAGUAAUUUAAGGAAUGCAAAAAUCAAAUUUAGAUUUUAAUUUAUAAAUUUGUGGCAGCCGAGAGUGUUAUUUAAGAAGUAAUAUGGAAAAGAUUUAUGUAUGAUGCUCAGUAGCUCUUGUAGUAGUAAUGGUAUUGACCAACAUGUCAGAACAUGUUCUUUUUACAGUGAGGCGGCAUAAAUACCUGGGCUCUGUGGACAGCAGUGACUGCACUUGCCUAUGAGGGUGUUUUUUUUUUUUUGUUUGUUUGUUUGUUUUGCUGGCACAGGUUUUCGAUCUUGUCAUUUGAAUUAUUCUGCAAGAUCCCAAAAUCUGCCUGAGACAAUAUUUUCUCAUACAAGAAUAAAUGCUGUUUGAAACAA